CGAUCGCAGCAAACGGAUUAAACGCGAAACGAUAUCAGAAAGGGAAGCAGUGCAUCAUUACCAGAGGAAAUACAAAAGGAAACAACAUGAAUCUUCUAACCAGUUCGAGGAGCCUCCAUCUUCUGAUGGUCUUGGCUGUUAUCUUGGUUACCCACAGAGCCGAAGCGGGUUUACGUUUGCGUCAUACCAGCAGAUCGGUUACGCCCACAGCCCCAAGCACAACUCCCACCAUAACAGUGACCUCGGAGGAGGCACCGCCACAGGAAUCCGUGGAGGAGAGUGCCCCGACAGCGGGCGUAGUUACCGAACCGGAAACGGACGUCGAGGUCACAACCGGCAAGCACAAACGGGGAAUUCUACAUGGCCACUCCCAUCUGCAUGGCCAAUGGCCCGCCCGUACUUAUGCCUCCCACUACGGCUAUAGCCUGCAGCUGCCCGGAGGCAGUGCCUUCCUUGCCGCUGCUCCACCACAUCGUCACUUUGUAAAGUACGGCGGACAUGGUGGACAUGGUCUGGUGAAGCCACUUACCUUGGUUUCUGGUGCUGCUUCUGGUUUGCUGCCAGCUCUUGCUCCCGCUCCAUCUGCUCUGUUACCCGCCGUGGCCACAGCCUUGCCCGCUGGCUUGCCCACAGGAUUGCCAACUGGUCUGCCCGUUGGUGUGGCCAGCGCCAUUCCCGCCGGAGUAGCCACAGCUUUGUCCACUGGAGUGGCAACUGCCUUGUCGGGUGCCGUGGCUCCACCCUCGUAUGUCCUGCGUCCUGGUAACGCUCUCGUCUCCUCGUACAGCGUCAACUAUCCGCAUCAACACCUGCAGAAGCCCGUCGUCUUCCAGUCCGCCGUGAAGCCGCUGCAUUUCCAUGCUCCAGCCCAUGCCCAUGCCCACGUGCACGCCGUGCAGCCCACCUAUGUGCAGGCCUAUGCACCAACUGCUCCUGCUGUGCCCCUCCAGCCUGUUCAGCCCAUUCAACCCAUUCAGCCCGUUCAGCCCAUCCAGCCUGUUCAGCCCAUCCAGCCUGUUCAGCCCAUCCAGCCUGUACAGCCAGUGACACAUCUUCAGCCCAUCCAACCCAUCCAGCCUAUCCAGCCCGUGCAGCCUGUGACCCACCAGUUCCAACCCGUCCAGCCAUUGCAGCCAGUUACUCCAGUUCAACCCCUGCAACCAGCCACUCCCAUCCAACCCGUUCAGCCUGUCCAGCCCACCGUGGCUUUCGGAGUUCCGGCUCCAGCAUCUGUGGAUCUGCCAGUGAUCCCUCAGUUCCCACAGGCGCCUCAGUUCCCCCAGUUCCCUGGAGUACCUACGUUUAGUUUCCAGCCUGCCCAGCCGGCGGUGCCUGCCCAACCAGCUGUGCCUGCUCAACCUGCUGUGCCUGCCCAGCCUGCCGUUCCUGCUGCUCCUGAAGCACCGGAAGUGCCACAGAUUCCUCAGAUUCCCCAGAUUCCUCAGAUCCCGGCCAUACCUCAAAUACCACAAUUCCCUGGUCUUCCUCAGUUCCCUGGAUUCCCUCAGAUUCCUCAGUUCCCGCAGGCACCUGCAAAUCCUUCGAUUCCCUCAGUACCAGCAGUUCCGGCUGUCCCGGCCUUUCCCAGUCCACCAACUAGCCAAUUCUUCCCAGCUGCUCCACAACCACCACUGCCCCAGCAGCCACCCACUUUUGGCCAACCGGAGUCACAGUUUCCCGGCGGAAUUGUACCACUACCGGGGUCCACGCCAGUGCGACCAGAAUCUGGAACUGGCAUAGCCUCGCCACAGAUUCCGCAGUCACCGGAACCAGAGAAUCAGCCUGAGGUGCCACCACAGAGACCGCCAACCCACCAGCCACCACAGCAGCCAUGGAAGCCGGUCUUCUAUCAGCCACCCACCGAAUCGGCACCAGCGUCACCCAAUCGUCCAUCGGUAACCCUGCUGCCACCCUACGGAAGCUCGCCAGCUGAAGGUUAUCUGCCACCCGUGGGAUCACAGCCAUCGGCAUUGAGUUCCAGUAGUGCUGGAGUCGGUAGCCAGGGCGGCAUCUUCGACCAGCUGAGCGAUGCCGAACUGGAGCACAUCUUCGCCCAGGCCAACUUGGCGCAGCAGCAGCACCAGCAGAGCCACAACUACCAUCAUUACUAAACUCCAACCUUUACUUAGGAAACUUUUUAAAAUUUUUUUUUGUUUUUUUUUUGUUCCCGUGUGUUUGAUUUAUAUUU